UCUAUGGUCGCUCCCAUGAGGAAGCGCGACCAGGAACCGCCUAUAUACUUCCGUUUCCGGCCUAUCAGCUUCCUUUCCCUGCUGAUAGCUCUCGCAGACAUGGUGAACGUUCCUAAAACCCGCCGAACCUUCUGUAAGAAGUGUGGCAAGCAUCAACCCCACAAAGUAACACAGUACAAGAAGGGCAAGGAUUCUCUGUAUGCACAGGGAAAGCGGCGUUAUGACAGGAAGCAAAGUGGCUAUGGUGGGCAGACUAAGCCGAUUUUCCGUAAAAAGGCUAAAACUACAAAGAAGAUUGUGCUGAGGCUUGAAUGCGUUGAGCCUAACUGCAGAUCUAAGAGAAUGCUGGCUAUUAAGAGAUGCAAGCAUUUUGAAUUGGGAGGAGAUAAGAAGAGAAAGGGUCAAGUGAUCCAGUUCUAAUCUUCAUAUUUUGUUUGAUUAUAUGACAAUAAAAUCAUGGAAGGAGUUCUGUGAUAUGACAAGCAGGAUUACAGGCCACUCCUUGACCCAGGGAAGCAAGACUGAUGGUGUAAGAACGAGGUCCACCAAUCUCCUGCAGGUUUACCACAGCCACCGCCCAGGCUAACUUCGAGAGAGGGCGUUCCCAUACCUCAAUGUUGUCUUCCUGAAAAGCAAGC